GUUAAAACCUUUUGCAUGCAGGCUUGAUCGUCACCGACAAACUCUCUCCGAGUUGCAGUGCUGAGUUCACCUCUCUCGCUCUCUCGCAGGUACAAUCUUCUCCGUUAAACUCGCCAGCAGAGGGACAGAGUCAGGCCGAGUCACGGCGUUAACUCGCUGCCCGGCGCCCGCUGUCUCUGUCUCUGUCCCGGGGGGUGGGUGAGUGAAGCCCAGGCGGGGGUGAGGGAGAGGGGCCGAGUCCAUGCCCGCCCUGCUGGGCCGCGCCCUCCGCCUCCUGCAGCGAUCCUUGGCCGCGGGCCCAGCUCUAGGCCGCGGCUCGUCUCUCGGCCCAGCCUCAGCACCAGGCCCAGGCUCAAGCUCAAGCGUAGGCCCAGCCUCAGCACCAGUUUCGGGCCCAGCCCCAGGCUCAAGCGCAGGCCCAGGCUCAGCACCACGUUCAAGCUCAAGCGCAGGCCCAGCCUCAGCACCAGGUUCGGGCCUAGCCCCAUUUCCAGGUCCAGGCUCAAGCCCAGCUCCAGGUUCAGGCCCAGCCUCAGCACCUGGCCCAAGCUUAAGCCCAGCUCCAGGUUCAGUUCCCAGUUCAGGCCCAGACUCUACUCUAGGCUCAGCCUCAGCCUCAGGCCUACCUCCAGGCCCACCUCAGGCUCCAGGCCCUUACCCAAUGCCAGGCCCAGCCAUGCAGACGGCCGUGGUCCGCUGCGUCCCGAGUGAGACCAAGAUGACCAUAGCGCUGGAGGUGUGCGGGGGGCGGCGGCGGCUGGAGCGGGAGCAGAGCGAGUGCCUGCGGGCCGCGCUGGCUCGAAUCGCGCACCACCUGCUCAAGGCCCAGGCCGGGGCCCGCAAAGGCAAGAAAGGUGCUGCACAGGCCUCAGCUCAAGCCCAGGAGCAGGCCCCAGACCAGGCCUCGGUCCAAGCCCAGGAGCAGGCCCCGGCGAUCAGCUUAUACGUGGGCGAGCAGGCCAUACCAGGCGACACGAGUAAUGCAGAGGCCUGGCAGGAGGGCGCCGAGCUGCGGGUGGGCUCGGUCCGCUACCGCGUGCAGCGGAACCCGCCCGGGCUGACGCUGCUGGCGCUGCCCGCCUCCAUGUUGGCGGGAUUCCCCGUCUGCCCCCGGCUCCAGGUGGAGUUUGGGCAGGCGGAAGAUUGCAGCUUCGAGUGGCUGCAGGAGACCGAGGCCGGGCGCUGGGAACCUGUGGCCUACGGCAGAGUCUUCACCCCUCCGCCCAACCUGGUGGGCCGCAGGCUGAAGCUGCGCUGCUGCCCGGGAGAUGGCAGCAGGUUUGGGCCGGAGUCCGAGGCCCUGAGCUCGGGCCCUGUGCAACUAGGCCCCGAGGCCUGCACUUUUGACGGCCGCCACUCCUUCACCCAGCAGGCCGCGGCCGGAUCUGUACUCCGGGUGGUCUCCUACAACAUCCUGGCCGAUAUCUACGCCCAGACCGAGCUGUCCAAGACCACCCUGUACCCCUACUGCCCCCCCCAUGCCCUGCAUGCCCAUUACAGGGAGAACCUGGUCAAGAAGGAGGUGCUGGGCUACCAGGCUGACCUGCUGUGCCUGCAGGAGGUGGACAAGACGCUCUUCAACCACAGCCUGCGGCCUGCGCUCGAUGCCUUCGGCUACCAGGGCCUGUUCCGCCUCAAGGGGAAGCAGCAUGAAGGCCUGGCCACCUUCUACAGAGCCUCCCGAUUCCAGCUGCUGUCUCAGCACGACGUGACCCUGGGCCAGGCUUUGGCCUCCGACCCUCUGCACACUCACCUCCUCCAGGAUGUAGCUGCAAACCCCAACGUCCAGGAAAAGGUGCUGCACAGGUCAACCACCCUGCAGGUUUGUGUGCUUCAGUCCCUUGAAGAUCCAUCAAGGAAAGUGUGCGUUGCUAAUACUCAUCUUUACUGGCACCCAAAAGGAGGCCAUAUUCGACUUAUUCAGAUAGCGGUAGCAUUUCGUCACCUUCAACAGAUCACUUCCGAGCUGCAUCCCAAUACGCCAAUCAUCUUUUGCGGUGACUUUAACAGUGCCCCGUCCUCAGGCCUGUACGACUUUGUUACCAAAGGAAGCAUUUUGCCCGAUCACCAAGACUGGACUUCAAACGGCGAGGAGGAGCAGUGCAGAAUGGCCCUCACUCACUCCUUCAAACUGGGAAGUGCCUGCGGGGAGCCCGCGUACACAAACUACGUGGGAGGGUUCCAAGGUUGCUUGGACUACAUUUUCAUGGAUGAAGACGCGCUGGAGGUUGACCGGGUCAUUCCCUUCCCACCUCAUGAAGAGAUCACCCGACACGUGGCCUUGCCCAGUGUCUCCCACCCAUCAGAUCACAUUGCACUGGUCUGUGAUCUGAAGUGGAAAUGAUCAACAGACAAUAGACAACAGGUGCAGGAGUAGGCCAUUCGGCCCUUCGAGCCAGCACCGUCAUUCAAUGUGAUCAUGGCUGAUCAUCCACAAUCAGUACCCCGUUCCUGCCUUCUCCCCAUAUCCCCUGACUCCGCUAUUUUUAAGGGCCCUAUCUAGCUCUCUCUUGAAAGCAUCCAGAGAACUGCCCUCUGAGGCAGAGAAUUCCACAGACUCACAACUCUCUGUGAGAAAAAGUGUUUCCUCGUCUCUGUUCUAAAUGGCUUACCCCAUAUUCUGAAACUGUGGCCCCUGGUUCUGGACUCCCCCAACAUCGGAAACAUGAAACAUGUUUCCUACCUCUAGCGUGUCCAAACCCUUAAUAAUCUUAUAUGUUUCAAUUAUAUGUAUACCAUUCCUCAGAUUGAUCAGUCUGACGAAGGGUCCCAACCUGAAACAUUGCUUAGUCCAUUCCCUCCACAGAUGCUGCCUGACCCUCUGAGUUACUCCCAACACUUUGUGUUUUGCUUCAGAUUCCAGUGUGUGUGCAGUUCCCUGUGUCUACACUAGGCCCGGACUUGUAAUGCAUGCAGGAGUUUACAUUUAAUUGGGAGCAGAGUGUUGCUGGCAUUAAGUUAUGGAAACCAUUGAAGCAAAUCAAAUUCAAUGGUCAAGUGAUCCAAUUGUAUAAUUUGGUUUAGAUUUCCAGAAAAUGUAGGGAAUUUCCAUCUAACCAAAUAAUGCGCUGGUCAAAUGCAAAAUAUGUAGUCUGCAUUGUGUUCAACAUUAGAUCACAACUGUAAAUAAACACAGAUGUUUAAACAUA